GCGGCGGCGCCGGUGGGGCCGGGGCAGCCCCGAGGCCGCGGGUCCCCCCGUGGCCAGGACGGAGCCGGAGGAGAUGGAAGCGCCGGGAUGCACCGGCUCAGAAUGGCUGGUGGUCCCCAAGGCGGAGGUGCCCCCCGAGGAUGACAGGGAUGAUCCAGGGGAGCCAGAGCUGCACGACUCAGGGCCGUGGCUGGUGCGGAAGGUGAAGGUGGAGGAGGAGGACGAUGAGGCCGAGGCCUGGGCGGCCGCAGCCGGAACCGGGGCCCCGCUGGCGCCGCCGCCCCUGCCCGGCGCCUUCCCCCCCGAGCCCGCCGGGCCCCCGGGGAUCGCCGGCGCCUGCAAGGCGGAGGAGCCGUGCCCCGAGGAGCUGGGCUACGGGGUGCUGCCGGCCUGGGGGCCGGGGCCGCACCUGGACAGCGUCGGGAUCGCCUUCGGGAUGGGCACCGGCACCGGCACGGGCGCGGGGAUGAGCCCCGGCCCCGGGGGGCGCGGGCGCCGCUCGCAGCCCGGCCCGCGGCCCUUCUGCUGCCCGCAGUGCGGGAAGGCCUUCGGCAAGAAGGCGCACCUGACGCGGCACCUGCGGGUGCACACGGGCGAGCGGCCCUUCCCGUGCCCGCACUGCGGCCAGCGCUUCCGCCAGCGCAUCCACCUGCGCUCGCACCUGCGCACGCACACCGGCGAGCGGCCCUACCCCUGCCCGCGCUGCGCCCGCCGCUUCCGCAAGAAAACGCACCUGGACCGGCACCUGCGCACGCACACCGGGGAGCGGCCGCACCCCUGCCCGCGCUGCGCCCGCCGCUUCGCCCACCGCCAGCACCUGCUGCGCCACCUGCGCCUGCACGGGGACCCCGCCCCGGGCCACGGGCAUGGGCAUGGGCACGGGGAUGGGCACGGCCCUGCCGAGGAGAAGCCGCUGCCCUGCCCGGGGUGUGAGAUCAGCCUCGCCUGGAAGCAGAGCCCUGCUCCGCACCUGGGGCUGCACACGGGAGCGGUGCCGGGAGCUGGGAACGGACACCUGGAUGAGCACGGGGACGGGGACGGCCCUGCCGAGGAGAAUCUGCUCAUUUGCCCCCAGUGUGGCACGGGCAUCCCCUGGAAGCAGAGCUCGUCAUCGCACCUGUGGCAGCACCUGGAGAGCCAAGCCCUCGGCUGUGCCCAGGACCCCCAGCACCCCCUGCAGCCCCCACAGGAGCCCGGGGCCCAGGACCCCCAGCACCCCGCACCGGUGCCCACAGCCGAGCCCCCCUUCGUGCAGGACCCCCAGCUCCUGCCACAGGUGCCCGGUGCCAAUGGCGGCCGCGGCUGUGCCCAGGACCCCCCGCCCCUCCUGCAGCCCCCGCAGGCACCCGGUGCUCAGGACCACCAGCACCAGCCUCAGGUUCCUGGUGCCUACGACCACCAGCACCAGCCGCAGGUGCCCGGUGCCAAAAGCAGCCAGGGCCACGGCCAGGACCCCCAGGACGCCCCGCAGGUGCCCCCCGCCCAGCGCCCCUUCACGUGCCCCCAGUGCGGGCGCGGCUUCGGGCGCAAGGCGCACCUGGCGCGGCACCUGCUGGUGCACUCGGGCACGCGGCCCCACGCCUGCGCCCGCUGCGGCCGCCGCUUCAGCUCCAAGACCAACCUGGGCCGGCACCAGGCCGUGCACACGGGGCUGCGGCCGCACCACUGCGCCCGCUGCGGCCGCGGCUUCACCCGCAAAACGCACCUGGAGCGCCACGAGCGCACCCACGGCACGGGGACGGGCACAGGGAUGGGCACGGGGAUGGGCACGGGGAUGGCGACGGAGACGGGCACCACCGGUGCGGGGAUGGCCACGGCCACCACUGUCCCUGGCACCGGUGUCACUGGGUCCCAGCUGGGCUGGCCAGAGCCCCCCACCCUGUCGGUGCAGGAGCAGCCCCUGAGCGAUGUGGCCGGUGGCGCUGGAAAGCCCCCGGUGAGGGACGCGGGGGGACCCCCGGGCGGGGACGGGAGGGAUGCCUCCCCAUGGGCAGGGGGCGGCGGGGGGCACCCCAAGGCCGCCCCGGUGGUCCCCGGUGCCACCCCAGCCCCGCUGUCCCCCCAGGACCUCCCCGCAGGGAUGGAGGGGCGCGGGGAGGAGGCACCAGAGGAGCCGGAGGUGUCGGAGCCCUCAGAGGAGGAAGAGGAGGAGGAGGAGGAGGAGGAGGACGAAGGCUCCGGGGUGCGGGUGACGCCGGCGCUGCUCAAGGCCACGACGGGCGAGUUCUCGCUGGAGUCCAUCCUGCUGCUGCGGCUGCGGGGCCGCGGCAUCGCGCACCUGGGCUGCCUGGCCGACUGCUCCAACCUCGAGUGGCUGGACCUGUCGGGCAACGCCAUCGCGGGGCUGGCGCCGCUGGCCGCGCUGCGCGCCCUGGCCGUGCUCAACCUGGCCGCCAACCGCGUGGCCAGCGUGGAGCCGCUGCGGGGCUGCCGCAGCCUGCGCCAGCUCAACCUGGCGGGCAACCGCCUGCGCAGCCUGCGCCAGCUGCGCUGCCUGCAGGGCCUGCGGCACCUGGAGAGCCUGCGCCUGCGGGACCCGCGCGGCGGCCUGGCCAACCCGCUGUGCGCCGCGCCGGCCUACCGCGCCGCGCUGGCCGCCAUGCUGCCCGGCCUCAAGGCCAUCGACGGGCAGCGCGUGGCGGGCCGCGGCAGCGAGCUCUUCCGCCUGUGCCGCGAGCUGGACGCGGCGCUGGACGGGGAGGGCGCGCCCGCCGCCGCCGCCGUGGCGCCCGCGGAGCCGCCGCAGCCCUGGGUGCGCGCCGGGUUCUGGGAGGCGCGGCCGGCGCGGCGCAGCGCCGUGCUGGAGGAGGCCACGCGGCAGCUGGGCCAGGCCCUGCGCGAGUGCCGCGAGCUCGGCCGCCGCGCCGACGACUCCAUCGCGCAGGCCGGCAGCCCCCGGGAGAAGGCGAACAUCCCGGGCAGGUACGGCGUGUCCCCCCCUCUGCCCGCCUCCUCCACCGCCCGGCACUCGGCCUCGUCCCGCUGCCGGAUCUCCUGCGGGCACACAGGGGCUGGCACCGGCCGGGCACAUGCCGGGGGGCACCGGGGGGCGACCCCCACCCUGGACCCCCAAUCCCCGAUCCCAAUCCCUGCUCUCCCCCUUGCUGUCCACCUCCCUGGUCUUGUGGACAUCCUGAGCCCCCAGUCCCUGAUCCCAACCCCAAUCCUUGCUCAGUUCCUCGCUGACCCCCUCCCUGCCCCCGUGGCCACCCUGAGCCCCCAGUCCCCGAUGCCAAUCCCUGCCCACCCCUCGAUGACCCUUUCACCGCUGUUCCCCCCCGGCCGCUCCAUCCCCUCCCCGUUCCCGUUCCCGUUUCCCGCUCCCGGGCGCGGCUCCCGGUGCGCAGCGCCGUUACGGACCCGCUCGAUGACCCCGUCCAGCUCCCGCUCCUUGAAGAGGAAGUGCACGUUGCUGCGCCCGUGGAAAUACUCGAGCACGUCUCGCACCACGCGCCGCUGCAGCGGGGACUGCCCCGCGGCCGCCGCCAGGGCCAGCGCCAGGGCCAGCGCCAGCGGCAGCCACCGCCGCACCGGCAGCGCCAUCCCGCCCGCCGCGGCCUCACCGAUCGCACCGAGCCGCGGGCCGCUGGCGGCGGGCCGGCAUGAGCCCAUUUCCUGGGAUCUGCCCCCAAAUCCGCCCCCGGGACGGCCCCGUGGGUCACCCCCACCCCCGCCGCGGGGCGCGGGAGGAGGGGCCGCGGUGGGACCGGAGGAGGAGGACGGGGACGGGGGGGCCGAGGCCGCCGGAGCCGCUCCGGGACCGCCGCGCUGCUCGGGCCCGGUUCCGCCGCCCCUCCGGCGCCACCCCCGCGCCAUCCCCGCUCUCAGCGCGGCUCUCCCGCUCUCGCAGGACCCGCCGCGGCCAUUUGAGGGACUCGGUGGCGGAAGGAGGCCGGGAAGGGCCGCGGAGCCGCGGGAAGGAGCCCCGAGGAGCCGGAGCGGCCGCAGGGCGCGGGAAGGGGCCGCGAUGUCGGCGGGGGGAGCGCCCCAGCCGCUGCCCCCUCCCCAGCCCGCCCACGCCCUGGAUCUGCUCCCGUAUUCGCGGCUGAGCCCGGCGCCACGGGCCGGAUCCCAGCUGGAUGCUGUGGGCGCCGAGAUCCCCUCGGAUCCCUGCACAGGGUACCGGUUCUUUAAGCCGGGGGGUUUGUUCGGCAUGAAGCCGCCGGAGGAGCCGUUCGGAGCCGCGCGGACGGGCCCGGAGGAGUCCAAGGCCCUGGGCAGCCCCUGCGCUGUGGAGCCCGGGCGGGUGAGCAAGGUGGAGCCCGAGGAGAAGCCCGGGAUUGGCGCCGGCUCCCUGGAGCUGUUCCCGGCCGCCGCGGGCGGCAGCUCCGGCCGCUGGUUCCCCGGCGGGCAGCGCGGCCCCGAGCCCCCCCGGGACCCCCCUGCCCCCCGCGCCGGCUGCUGGGGGGCCCAGGGGGGCGUCCCCGGCCCCUUCCGCUGCGCCCAGUGCGGGAAGGGCUUCCGGCAGAAGCAGAGCCUGGUGACGCACGAGCGCAUCCACACCGGGGAGAAGCCGUUCCGCUGCGGGGACUGCGGCAAGAGCUUCAGCCAGCGGCCCAACCUGCUGACGCACCGGCGCGUGCACACGGGCGAGCGGCCCUUCCCCUGCGCCCAGUGCGGCAAGAGCUUCUCGCAGAAGGCCAACCUGCUGGCGCACCAGCGCAUCCACGGCGCCCACCCCGAGGAGGGCAAGGCGCGGGCGCGGGCGCCGGCGCGGGGCUGCCCCGAGGACGCGCCCUUCGUGUGCCCCGAGUGCGGCAAGAGCUUCCGGCAGAAGCCCAACCUGAUCACGCACCGGCGCAUCCACACGGGCGAGCGGCCCUUCUCCUGCUUCCUGUGCGGCCGCAGCUUCAACCAGAAAACCAACCUGGUGACGCACUACCGGGUGCACACAGGUGAGCGGCCCUUCGCCUGCGCCCAGUGCGGCAAGCGCUUCACCCAGAAAACCAACCUGGUCACGCACCAGAGCACCCACACCGACCUGCGCCCCUUCCCCUGCGCCCAGUGCCACAAGUGCUUCAAGGACAAGGUGUCCCUCAAGGCCCACCAGAAGACGCACAUCCCCCGCCAGCGCCGCUGCCCCGCGCGCGGCCCGGCCCCUGCCGCGCCCUUUGGGGCCGCGCCCGCCCUGCUGCCCCCCGCGCCCGCCCCGCAGGACCCCGCGCCCUUCGCCCCGCUCCCGCCCGCCCCCAAGCUCCCCGAGGGCGCCGCCGAGCUCUUCCCGUGCCCCGACAAGGGCUUCCCGCCCCCGCCCCCGGCCGAGCCCUCCUUCCCCUGCGCCCACUGCGGCGACGGCUUCUGCCCCAAGGUGCCCCUGCUGCGGCCCCCCGAGGCGCCCGCCGCGCCCUUCGCGCCCGGCCCGCCCCUCCUGGGGCCCCUGGGGGCGCAGCCGGGCCCGGGCGAGGCCGUGCUCUCCCCGGAAAAGCCCUUCAUCUGCAAUCAGUGCGGCAACAGCUUCGGGCUCUGGCUCGCCCUCGUCGCCCACCAGAAGAGCCACGCGGGGCACAAGCCGUGCCCUGGCGCCCCCCCCGCGGAGCCGGGCGCCGAGCAGCCCCCCGGGUCCCCCCCGGGGCCGCGGGCGGGCGAGGGCCGGCCCUGGCCGUGCCCCGAGUGCGGGCGGGGCCUGGCGCAGUGCGAGCGGGCGCCGCGGCACGGGGGGCACGGGGGGCACGGCGCCGGCGGGCGCGGCCCCUUCCGCUGCGACACCUGCGGCAAGCGCUUCAGCCUCAAAACCAACCUGGCCACCCACCAGCGCAUCCACACAGGUGAGCGGCCCUUCACCUGCGGCGUCUGCGGCCGCCGCUUCAACCAGAAGGGCAACCUGGUGACGCACUACCGGGUGCACACGGGCGAGCGCCCCUUCGCCUGCGCCCAGUGCGGGAAGCGCUUCGCCCAGAAGCCCAACCUGCUGGCACACCAGAAGACGCACCUGGGCCGCCAGCCCUUCACCUGCCUCGAGUGCCCCAAGCGCUUCAAGAGCAAACUGUCCCUGCGGGUGCACCAGCGCGUGCACACCGGGACCCCCGGCGCGGCCCCCGGCACCCUGGACCCCGCCGGGAGCCCCUUCCCCUGCGGGCUCUGCGGGGAGGCCUGCGCAGAGCACGGGGGGCUCCGGCCGGGCCUCGGCGGCGCCGAGCGGCCGCACACCUGCGCCGAGCAGCUGCACACCUGCGCCAAGUGUCCCCACGGCUGCGCCGAGCGUCCCCACGCUUGUGCUGAGCGUCCCCACGGCUGCGCUGAGCGGCUCCACACCUGCGCCGAGCAGCGCCGCACCUGUGCCGAGCACCCCCACGCCUGUGCGGAGCAUCCUCACACCUGUACGGAACAUCCUCACACCUGUACGGAGCAUCCCCACGCCUGUGCGGAGCAUCCUCACGCCUGUGAGCGGCCCCACACCUGCGGGCAGCCGCAGCCACAGCCCUGCCCCGAGCGGCCGCACCCCUGCGCUGAGUGUCCCCACCCCUGCGAGCAGCCCCACGCCUGCCCCAAGCGGCCCCACGCGUGUGAGCAGCCCCACGCCUGCGCCGAGUGUCCCCGCGGCUGCGCCGAGCAUCCUCGCACCUGUGCCGAGCAUCCCCACCCCUGCGAGCGGCCCCACCCCUGCGCCGAGCGGCCCCACGGCUGCCCCGAGCAGCCCCACGGCUGCGCCGAGUGUCCCCACGCGUGCUCUGAGUGUCCCCACGGCUGCGCCGCCGAGCGGCCCCACGCCUGCGCCGAGUGCGGGAAGCGCUUCCGGCAGAAGGUGAACCUGGCCGUGCACCUGCGGACGCACACCGGGGAGCGGCCGUUCCGCUGCACCGACUGCGGCAAGGGCUUCAGCCAGAAGGCUCACCUGCUGCGGCAUCGCCGCACCCACGGCGCCGGCCUGGCCGCGCCCUGCGCCGCCGGCGACCCCCUGGCCAAGGGCCCCGAGCCCCCCGCGCUGCUGCUGCCGCCCUGCUCCCGUGGGGCGCCCCCGGCGCGCCCCGACAGCCCCUCGGGCGCCGCCGACAUCCUCCUGCAGCUGAUGCAGGACGAGCCCCCGCCCGGCCCCGGCGCCGCCCCGGCCCCCGUGCCCCCCUGUAAGUGCCCCGGGGGCGGCCCGAGCCCCCGCGCGCCGGGGCUGCCCCCGCCGUGCUGCUGCGCCGCCUGCCUGGCCCCCCGCCCUCCCGAGCCCCCUCGCGGGCAGCUCUGGGCCAAGGCCGGCGGCUGCGCCCGCGCCUUCGACGAGAAGAGAGUGCCGGGAGCGCCGGAGCGCGAGUGCGGCGAGGAGAAACCGGCGCCGUGCCCCGGCUGCCUGUGA